GACUAUUCGUCCUUCUCGUCUCUCUUCACAGUCCCGUCCCUUCCAAUCCAGUCCACUCCACUGUCCGUUGUCCCGAUAAUGCGGAAGAAAAUGCGAAGGAAACGCUGCGUUCCGGAGGUCCUCCGUAGACUAUUCGGCAAACGGGCGCGAACAUUGUCCGACACCAUCGUCUCCUUGCUCCCUCCCCAUUCGUCGUCGUCAGUCCCCGCCGACUGUCGUUUCUGCAAGGGCCGCCGUUGCCUCAGCUGCACCGCACCUGACGGCUUGUCGUUUCUCCUCCGACCCGACGACCCCUCCGAUUACCGCCAUCUCCUCAACCAUGGAUACGUCGUCUUUGCGAAAAAUACACCUGCGGUCGCCCGCUUUUCCCCCGACUCUCACUGGUCCCAAUUGAGUUAUAUGCACAUAUAUGGAUUACAAGCGAUAUCACAAAUGAGAGAGGGGUGGUUUGAACUGGGACGCAAUGAGUUGAAGAGGAAGACCAUUGUUAGAGCAGUGAUUGAAGCGAUGAUGGUUGAGCAACCUGUGUCUUCCAACGUGAUAUACAGUGGUUAUGAUAAGUCUAAUCAGUCAAGCGGCAUUGUGGAGCUUCUAACUUCGUCGGCUUGGUGUCUUCUCUUAGAAAGGGUUGGGGAUGGCAUUAUGGUUUAUUUACUAAGGAAUGCAUCGAUAUUUUUGCCACUUCUGCGUACAAACCACCAGCAGGUCAUAGGCCCGCCAAUCAGUAAGUUGUGUCCGAAGAAGUUGAAGCGCGCGCCACAGCCACAGUGGCAACAGUCAUUGCCUGAGUCGUAUGGACCCCGGAAAAAGAGGGAAAGAGAAGAUAAUGUACACUCAUUGUUGAAGAGACAGCACCUUAGUUCUUUUAGCAGUGAUAAAACCAUUGGUUCUGCUGCCUGCAGUGGCUGCUGCAGUGUUUGUAAGGAUAAGCAUAGUCAUAAUGGAACCAGCACGUUUACCGACAGUUAUGAAGGUGAUUUAAACAAGGAACUUGAACAGGGUUCCCAAAGGCUUAAAAAGCGUGCAAGACCAUUUAGUUGGCAGCGCCGCAAGAAGCGUAGGCUAUUACCUUCUCAAGAAACCAGCUUUCAGGAUCUUUCCAAAACAAUUAUCGGUGAUAAAGAAAGCUUAUCUAGCAGGCUUUCAUAUUGCUCAGUUCAUCAUCAUAAAAAGUGCUCUUGUUUGGGGUUACGCAUUCUGCGAAAGGUUGCCAAAGGUGCUCAAAUUGACAGAAAAUUCAUGUUCUUUAACUUGGAACAGUCUUCAUCAGUUUUCCCAAGAAAACUAUAUUUUACGAGCAGCAACGGUUCGUGCAGUAAUGACUUUCUAAUGUUUGAUUUCCCUGAAAAUGAUGAUUUUCUAUCAUAUGUUCUGAAUUCUCUAAAGCCAAAUUCUGUUGGUUCAGAAUUUCUUGUUAAGAGUAUUUUUGGCAUAUCCGACACAGAAAGUGCUAUGUCAAAGAUAUGUCCUCGUGAAAGUGGUCUUUGUCUCACUGGAUCAGCAUGCCUGUAUCAUUCCCUUGUUAAGUUGCUUAAGACUCUCAUACGCAGAGCUCAACAUUGCCAUAGUUUGAGAUUAUUGGACAAGCAUUGUGGUGUUUCAUCUCCAGAUGCCACUGAUUCUCACUCCGAGGCUAUUAAGUCUUAUUGCUUGAAAAGUCAGGUGGUCUCGUUUAUAUGGGCUGUUUGUAGGAGAAUCAUUCCUUCAGAUUUGCUAGGAACUGCUUCUAAUUGGAGAAUAUUGAGGAGAAAUAUUUCCAAGUUCAUACAUCUUAGAAGAUUUGAAAAUUUUUCUUUACAGCAAUGUAUGCAUAAACUGAAAACAUCUAGGUUCCCAUUUCUAUCAAAUAAACAGUAUUUCUGCGGCAUGAAUAGUGAGGCAGUAAAAGACGUGGGUGGAAAAGGAUUAGACAUUCAUAAAGGAUUCCCUAAAUUGAAUGAUGCUGCACAUAUUGUUAAACAAAAAGUCUUGAAAAGCUGGAUUUAUUGGUUCUUUUCAUCCAUAAUUGUCCCUUUGUUGCAAGCCAACUUCUACGUCACCGAAAGUGAGCACGGGAGGCAAGAUGUAUAUUACUAUCAAAAGUCAGUUUGGGAGAAGGUGAAGAAUAAGACUAUCAGUUGCAUGAAAGAUCAGAGGUAUUAUUACUUGGAUGAUGCAACAACUAGAAGGAUUAUAAGAAAAAGAUUAUUUGGUUUUUCAAAGCUUCGGAUUUGUCCAAAAGAGUGUGGAGUGCGGUUGCUAGCAAAUUUAAAAGCAUCAUCAAAAAUGCCACGAAAGGAGUUCAGUUUGGCAGAGCAGUCCAGUGGCAUAGUAAGAAGGAAAAAAAGUCUUCAGAAAGGGGUCAAAUUUGAAUAUUUCAAGUCUGUCAAUAGCGUUCUUCGUGAUACGCAUGCUGUUCUAAAAGCUAUACGGUUGAAGGAGCCAGAGAAGUUAGGUUCAUCAGUUUUUGAUUACAAUGAUGUCUACCGAAAGUUAUGCCCAUUUGUGAUGGGUUUAAAGAAUGUACCAACAAUGAUGCCUGAUGUAUUUAUUGUUGUUUCUGAUGUGUCCAAAGCCUAUGAUACUGUUGACCAGGAUAAGCUGCUUUGUGUGAUGAAAGAUGCCAUAAGAACGGAUGAAUAUUUUCUAAAACAUUCUUAUGAAGUUCUUUGCACAAAAGAAUUUUUAUGGGUUCGUGAGAAUCCUGCAUUAUUGGAUCAACAUGCCAGCUUGAGGUUUAAAUCUUCUGCCUUACACCGAUCAUUGCAAAGUGUCCAUGUUAAUCAGGAAUAUAGCAGGUCUAUGAAGAAGGAGGAGCUCUUUUUUAUUCUAUAUCAACAUGUCAAGCGCAAUGUGCUGCAGUUGGAUAAAAAGUUUUAUCUGCAAGGUGUAGGUAUUCCUCAAGGAAGUGUUUUGUCUUCUUUGCUUUGUUCAUUAUACUAUGGACAUUUGGAUAGGAAUGUGAUCUUUCCGUUUCUUGAAAAAAUUUGGGAACCCGCGACAAUAGAUUCAUCAAGAGGACAUAAUUUUGGAGAUGCUUCUGCUGCACAGAGUGCUAAUGAGGAUGGCAUUGCCUCAUCCUCUACUUAUAUUCUACUAAGAUUUAUUGAUGACUUUCUUUUCAUCUCAACCUCAAGGAAUCAGGCUGCUGGCUUCUUCACCAGGUUGCAAAGAGGAUUUCGGGAUUAUAACUGUUACAUGAAUGAAAAGAAGUUCUGUGUGAAUUUCGAUAUUCAACACAUGCCUGGGAUACCAUCAAGCAGGGUGUAUCUUGGCGAAGAUGGCAUCUCAUUCAUUCGAUGGAGUGGCUUGCUUCUUAAUUCUUGCACUCUUGAAGUUCAGGCCGACUACACAAAGUACUGGAACAACCAUCUACGUUCCACUCUUACUGUCAGCUGGGAAGACCAACCAGGUCGUCAUUUGAAGAAAAAAUUGUGUGACUAUAUGAAACCUAAAUGCCAUCCAAUAUUCUUUGAUUCCAACAUCAAUUCAGCAUCUGUUGUGAGAUUAAAUAUCUACCAAGCAUUCUUGUUAUGUGCAAUGAAGUUCCAUUGUUAUGUUCGUGACUUAUCAUACGUCUGGAAACUUCGCCCUAGAUCUUAUGCUAACAUUAUCAAGAGAUCUUUGAGGUAUAUGCAUGUGCUCAUAAAGAGAAGGAUGCGUUCUGUGCAUACUGAUUUCCACCCAAUUCUUCUACUGGAAAAGGGAGAGGUUGAAUGGCUUGGUUUAUAUGCUUAUAUCCAAGUGCUGAAGAGAAAGCAAUCGCGACAUAAGGAGUUGAUCUCGCUGUUGGUGUCUAAGUUGUUAAAGCAUACAAUAUCGGGGUCUGUGUCUUCUCAACUAAGGUAUGCAGUCGACAGAUCACAUUCCUCGGUAAUGUGGAAGAUCAAGUAUUAGAAGACUCUUAGAGGUACAGCACUUGAACAAGGACGAUGUAAGAGCGGAGAAAGCACGAUUUAUCUGAGCGUGAACGUUUGUCGAGUGAACGUAGUGUCUGCAAUGUGGUACAAUUUGUGAAUUUGCCAAUGAGUCUCUUAUGUUUUUCGCAUCUUUGUGCUCUAUAAUUUUUUCUUUCCGAACUUUUGGGAAAAGGUUUUGUGCAGUAGCGAGCCUGUCCAGAUUAUUGUGUGCAGGUGAAGCAGCUCAUACCUCCAUUAUAAACGAUUCUUUUUUAAUAUACGAAGCACUCUUUGCACCUGA